AUGGGAUAUAUUAAUAUGAAUAGCAACGAUCUUAUCAAGCCUUACAACGGGGUUGAGCUUAAUGAUCAGGGCCAAAAGUAUAAGAAGAUCGGAGAAGAGGUUCUUAAGAAAAAGAAGCUCGGUGUUGUCAUACUGAGCGGUGGCCAAGGGACUAGACUUGGAUCUGAUGCCCCAAAAGGAUUGUUUAAGAUCAAGGGGAAAACAUUAUUUGAGUGGCACAUGGAGACAAUAAGGGAGAUUAUAGAUAAAUACAAUGCAAAUAUAACUGUGUUUAUCAUGACAUCUUCAUUCACAGAUGAGGCUGUCAGAGAGUACUUCCAGAAGACAGACUUUGGCCUGAAGAUCCAUUUCUUCAAGCAGAAGAAUUCGCUAUGUGUGGGAACGGAUGGAAAGCCUCUACAGUACUACGAGGGAUAUGCUGAAUCGCCUUAUGGGAACGGAAACAUGUUUGAGGCUAUACAGCAGGUGAAUCUUGAGGGGAUAGAGGCCUUGAAUGUCAUUUCCAUUGACAAUGUCCUUGCGAAGAUUCUUGAUCCUGUGUUUGUUGGAGCAUUCUUCAGCGGAAACUAUGACAUCAUGAGUAAAUCCGUAACAAAGAAGGAAAAGGAAAGCGUCGGAGCCUUCCAGAUAGAUGGAAAGCUUAGAAUCAAGGAGUACGGGGAGAAUGAUGCAGACGGAGAUGGGGUGCAAGGCAAUAUAUGCAAUCACAUGUUCAGAACAUCUUUUGUUAAGAAGAUGAAGAGUGUGAAUCUUCCGGAACAUAAGGCAUUCAAAAAGAUCCCAUACACAAUAGAUGGAAAGCUUAUAAAUCCAGUCAAACCCAAUGGAUUCAAGAAGGAAACUUUUAUAUUCGAUAGCUUUGAAUACACUCAGAGAAACGGGGUAAUGAAUGUCCCUCGAGAAAAGGAAUUUGCACCUCUGAAGAAUGGGAUGGAUUCAACGGUAGACAAUCCAAUGACAUGUGCUUUGGCUGUCGAGAAGCAUAGAAUCAAAACGUCCAUGCAAUAA